GGCGGAGCCGCCGCUCCGAGCCGGGCGGGGGCCGCGCUGGGCUCCUCCGCCCCCGGACCCCCGCACGGGGGAAAGGUCGGGGGAGCACCGGGAGGUGCUGAGGGGGCUUGGCGGGGGAUCCCUGUCGCUGGCGCGGUGCCCGCCCGGGAUUCCGGGGCGUGCCCAGGGAGGGUGGGCAGGGAACGGGGGAGGUGAGUUCUGCAGGGCGGUGCGGGGCAGCCGAGGGGUUCUUCCCCCGCCGGGGGAGGCUAAGUCUAUUCAUAUAAUGGAUACACACAUCAGGAAAACGGCAUGGUUGUUGGACAAUGAUCAGUUUUUGGAGAAAAAUGGGGUGGCCACAAAAUCCCAUGCACAGGGUGAUCCUCUACCAUGGCAAGAUUUUACUGUGUCUCAUCUAGGACCAGAUAAUGGAUUAUUGGGAACACAUACCAACAAGACACAAGAUCUGCUGAGAGGACAAAUGAAGACAAUACAGUCUCAAAUGAUGCAAACCACAGAAGAAUGGAUAAGAAACUACAGUUUAGAAUCCUUGCAAUUAACAUUAGAGUAUCUGGUAAACAGGGGCAAUAUUAUUUCGAAUUCAGGAGAUGGUGUUGAAGGGAUGGUGUUUACAGAGGAGACUGUUACUGAUUUUGAGUCCAGACUUUCUGAAGCAAUUGAACUUUAUCAGCAGAGAAUUCAGUGGCUCUUGGAGGACAGCAGAAAGGUGUUUGGUGUUAUAAAAGGAACCAAAGUGGGACUUUUGAUUGAUGUGUCUCACAUGAGUUAUGGACCUAGACUACUGGAUUUUCAGAAGGACCUUUUGUGCUUAAUAGAUGAGCAGCUUUGUUACAAGGAGCAAUUGUACUGCCUCUCAUUCAGUGCAGAAAUUUCACCGCUGUGGGAGAGUCCAAAAAACAUCAACGUUCACGUGCUACAUGAAGCGAGACAGUGGAUACAAGAGCUGGAGCCUGGUCAAGGCUGCAAUUUGCUGAAAGCCUUUAAGCAUGUCCUUACAAUGAAAGAACUGAAUUCCCUGGUUCUUAUUGUAGGAAGCUGCCCUGAUCAGCCUUUUGAAAUAUUGUGUGAUUAUGCUCAGCAGUGUUUGCUGGGGAGGAAACUGCAGAUUCACACUGUUACAUAUGAUUGCAGCAAUCCUGCUUCUCUUGCAGUUCUGAAGAAUCUUGCAGAAGCUGUAGAAGGCCGUUAUCAUUGCUACUCUUCAAAGGGAGAGUAUUUUGAUAGCAGUGAUUUUCAUUUGCUUCUUCAGGAGUUCCUGAAGGCCAAGGACCUACUCAAAAGCAUCAAACAGACUUUUCAAAGAAGACUUGGUGGCUCAGUUAGUAGUAAAACAGCAGAUGUUUCUGCAGGAUUUGCAAAUACAGCACCUUCCAGCUUCUUCCCAAAGCCUCCAAAGCUCAAAGGACCAUUAGUUAUUCAAACACCAAGUGUCCUGGCCAAAACCUCAACAGACUGGUUAAAGACAUAUGGAUUGAAAGCCAAGAAGUUAAACCUUUAUCAAGUUCUGGCUCCCAAUGCUUUCUCUCCUGUGGUGGAGUUUAUACCUAUUCUUAAAAAAAGAAUAUCAUCAACUCUGCAUGAGAAAAUCAUGAUGCAGUUUGAAUGGCAUGAUGGAACUGUGAAAAAUAUCCAUGUUGACCUGCCAGUAUUAUACAACUACCAGAAACGCCUUACUAAAAUGGUAAAUAUCUAUGAGAAACGAAUUGACUGGCUCUCCAUUACUAGCAGAAGAAUAUGGGGGAGUGUUUGUGAAAAGAGGGUGGUUAUACUUGUUGAUAUAUCAGUGACAAACUCUAUGUACAUCACCCGUAUCCAACAUUCUCUGCGACUUUUACUUGAGGAACAAAUGUCAAAUAAGGAUUACUUCAAUAUCAUAGCAUUUGGGAGUGACAUUGUGCCUUGGCAGCAGGAACUGCUUCCUUCCCAUCCAGAAAACUUAGAAAAGGCUUGGAGAUGGGUGUUGAGCCUGCAGUGCAAGGGCAGUAGAAAUUUCAUGAGUGCACUCAGGAGAGCUGUAGAAGUCGACUUCAAAGACAAAGAGAAACACAAAUCACAAGGACUUUACCUGCUGACUACUGGAAUACCUGAUCAGGAAACACACACCAUCAGUGCUUAUGUGGCUGAGGUUUGCAGAGGUUUUGAUUUACAGCUUCAUGUCUGUCUGUUCAGUGCCAUGGAGGACAUUGGCUCCAGUGGGGUUAUCCCAGCCCGCUAUGCCAGCCCUGCAGAAACUGCCAGUGCUUUUAGAGAAAUAGUGCAGGCAGCCAGGGGCAGAUUCCACUGGUUUGGAGAAGCAGGUAUUUUUGAAAGUGAUGAUAUUACUAGUAUUGUGUCGGAAAUGGAAAAAGCAAAAAACUACUCCCAAAAGUGUGCAUUCCUGGUGGAAUCCUUGAAGCAACGUUCAGUAAAUCAGUCUGUUAAUCCAUUUGCACCAGAAGGAGAUUCAAAUGCACUUACAAAGAAUGAGAAAAGAAGGCCACAGAAGUUGCCAUCUCCUAAACCCACAGCUCCAAGCCCGGCUAGAAUGGAUGUUAAAGACAACCAUGGUGCAGGGAGAAAUACUCCUGUAAGAGUCCUGGCAUGGCGUCCUCCUAGUGCCAAAGCAGAAAUUCCACCAGCACAAAGAAUAAAAGAAUGGCCUCAGACUGAGAAUAAAAGAAAGGAUAAAUCAAGGAAGCAGCCGGAGCUUUCUCUAUCUGUAUUUUACACUGAUAAAGGAAGAAAUGUGGGUACAGUAAACCAGAAAUAUCCAAAGACUAUGUGCAUAAGAAAGUCUGUUCCCCCUGUUACAUUGCCAAAAGAAGAGGAAAUCUGUUCAAGCAAAGAGUGGCUGACCAAGUACAGUAUAAAAAAGCUUGAAUUGGAAUUGCCCAGGCUGAUGUUUGGUCCAGGCUGCACCCACCAAAACAAAACUGUGGAGUCUCUGCACAAGAAAGUAUCAGCAAAAUACUGUUCUAUCUUCCCUAGUGCAGAAAUCAAUGGGGUUGUGAAACAUCUGCAGUUUCAACUUAAAGAGCUGGAAAUCUACACAGAACAGCUGGAGCGAGUGCUGCAGCGCUACCUCCAGAGGGUACAGUGGCUGCUCUCAGGAAGCCGAAGGUUGUUUGGUACCAUUUUAGAAGCAAAUGUCUGUGUUUUGAUUGACACAUCUGGUUCCACUGGCCCAUAUUUGCCACAUGUCAGAAAAGAACUCACCUCCCUUAUCUGGGAACAGCUGAGAAGAAAUGAGGUCAGGUUUAACCUGCUGAGAUUUGCAGAAAAUACAGAGAGUUGGAAAGAGUGUCUUGUAGAGGCAACUGAUGAAUCAUGUCAUGAUGCUGUGCAGUGGGUUUCCAAAUUCCAUGCCCAUGGUAACACGUGCAUCCUCACAGCUUUACAGAAGGCUCUCAGUUUCCAAGGUGUAGAGGCCCUGUAUCUAUUGACUGAUGGAAAACCAGACACCAGUUGCAGUCUGAUUUUGGAAGAAAUUGAACGAUUGAGAAAGGACCAAGAUAUUAAAAUCCACACCAUUUCUUUUAGCUGGGCAGACAGAGGAGCUAAUGAAUUUCUGAAGAAACUUGCUUCCCAGACAGGAGGGCGCUACCAUUGCUGCUUUGGAGAUGAAGAUGGACAAUUAGCAGCACACAGAAUAUUGACAGAGGGACUUGAAGAUGAAGAUGAUCCAGCUUUCCCUUACUUUGAAGGAGAUGAUUUAAAGAAACUUAUUCAAGAAGUAGCAAAAGCUAGAAGUUUUUUAAAGCAGGCAAAAUCUUGGAGAUUAUUACUUGAAAAACGGAAUAUAAACCAAAAGGACAAUUCCAGCUUUCAAAGAAGUCCUCAGGAUUAAAUUUUAGAUGAAGAAAAGAUGCUGAAGAGGUUUGGAGUCAGACCACUAACCUGCUUCUUUUCAGAGUGUGCUCAAAGCUUCCAGCAGAAAGAGAGAAGAUGAAUUCUUUGUUGUCACGAGUGCUGGCCAGAGCAGUUGCAGGUGAUAAAUGCUGCAUUGACUCCACUUGCAGACUUUGCAGGACUCAAAGUAAAUCAAGCCCUGAACUCUCCAAAGUUUCAGCAUAAGUAGAGGAUAGUUUUCAAUAUAGCUGAUACAAAUUUUAAAAGUGUAUGUAUUUCUAAUAUAAUUAGGAGUUAUACAGGGUUACAACUUUUGUUUCUAUUCUACUGCAUCAUAUUAAUAAUUUCUUCAAUUAGUUGUUGGUAUGUCCAAAUUGUCUUUUUUUGGAAGUUGGUUUGAGAUUUCCUUCCUGGUACUCAUUAUGCCAAACAGUUGGGAUGGAUGGCUGUGAUAUUAGGAAGAGAAUUCUCUAUACCAGUUUUGCAUAGAAAGUCCAAGCAAUAACUUUAGUGCAGAAAACAAGCUUGGAAUUCAUGUUUUUGUCAAGAGAAGUUUGCUAAUAAUUAUUUCUACCCUUUGCUUUUUAAGUUACCAGUACAGAAAUAUUUAGAGGUAAUGAUUCAGAAAUGAUCAGACAUGCAAACAAGUUGCUGAUACAGCUUGGUUAUGUUUGUGUAACCAGACACUGCUAGUCUUCUAAGCAAUUCUGUUAAGUUCUUAUGUGUUUCCUGUCUGGAAAGAUUUAAAGUAUGUUUGCCAGUACCAGCUGAUUUAUGAAAUACACUUUUUUUUACUGCAAGGCUCGGUAAUGACAGCUCACUAGUAUUUUGUAGGUGUUUAUUGUUGCCUUUAAGAGGAUUAUAAAUUUAUCUCAAGUGUUUAAUAUAUGUAAUAUAAUAAAAAUGGAUUCAGACUGCAAAAUUCAGAUGUGCUAUGCUGUACUUCCUGGGAUUUUGGUAGUGUAUAUGUGGAACUACUGAGAUGCUUUGAUAUGAAAAUGUUAGUUGUAAAUUAAUAGGAUUAGUUACGUUUCUGUUUGGAGUAUAGAAAUAUUAGAUGACAAUCACUGAUAAAAUAAGUGAAUUUGUACUAAGAAACGUUAAAACAGUAAAUCCAGGUAGGAAGGAUGAGUGUUCUGUAUUGCCAGGAAGGGUUUCUUAUAUGUUCCUUGGAGGAAAUGUCACAGUACUGCAGCAUAGAUUCUGAUAUUCUUACAAAGGUCCUUUCAAAGAGCUUAAAAGGAAAUAUGCUUGUGCAGGUGUGGUAAAUGAUCUCAGAGGCUCUGUGUGAAGGAAGAGUGUCAUGCACAUGUCCAAUUUCAGUGGGUUCUGUUAAAUUACAACUGUCAAACCUCUCAUUUUAUAGCCUUUUUUCCCCCUGUGUAAUACUUGGUGUUCAGAUAUUUUACUCAUUCAAAACAAUUCCAUUUACAUGGGCUGAUUGCCAAUGGAUCUGUGUAAUCCUGAGUUGUGGCAGCCUACACUCGUACUCAUCACUCAGCUGUUUGUUUUGGCUUGGACUGGUUGUUUCUGUGGGCAGAGCAGAGCACGUGUCUCUGAUUCUCUUGAGCUCUCACACUUAAAGUAGGUGUUAGGAACUGAGGAAUCUUCUCUUUGGUUAGAAUCUGUGUAACCCCAGAAGCUAUAAAAGUCAGUAUUUAGCCAUUACACCCCAUCCAGGGUGCCUGUGUUCAGGCUGUGCAGCCGAAGCCUUGUUGUCUUGGAGGCUGGUCAGCCCUGCUACCCACUCACAGCAGCUGCUUCCUUAAAAUACAGAUCCUGUCUCCUUCUUAUUACCCACCUGGAAACUCCCAUCCUACCUGCUUCCAUCAAUCUGAGGGCUACCGAGCCAGGAACACAUUUUAAGGAGAUGGUUCAUUUGGGACAAUCUGAGUAAUGGAGUGCUCUGUGAGUGACUCCAGUGUCGGUCUGUCAGGUUUAUGUCACUUGCUUUCCUGCUUUAUGCUUCCUGGAAUGCAAUUCACUGUAUUCAAGACAUAAUAAAAGAGGAGUUUUAUAA